CGCACCACACCCAUGGCCACCACCACCACCACCAUCACCGCCACAGCGCAGCAGCAGCAGCAGCAGCAGCACCACCACCACCACCACCACCACAAGCAGCGGCCAUGGCUUCCUCGGCCUCCCUGCAGAGCUUCCUCCCGCCCUCCGCCCACGCGGCGACGUCGUCGUCCCGGCACCGGCCCAGCCGCGCCCGCCCCUUCCAGUGCGCGGCCGUCUCCGCGCCGUCAUCCUCGGCCGCCUCGCCGUCGGCCUCGGCCGUCCCGGCGGAGCGGCUGGAGCCUCGCGUGGAGCAGCGGGAGGGCGGCUACUGGGUGCUCAAGGAGAAGUACCGCACCAGCCUGAACCCGCAGGAGAAGGUGAAGCUGGGCAAGGAGCCCAUGGCGCUCUUCACGGAGGGCGGCAUCAAGGAGCUCGCCAAGCUGCCCAUGGAGCAGAUCGACGCCGACAAGCUCACCAAGGAGGACGUCGACGUGCGGCUCAAGUGGCUCGGCCUCUUCCACCGCCGCAAGCAGCAGUAUGGGCGGUUCAUGAUGCGGCUGAAGCUGCCCAACGGCGUGACGACGAGCGAGCAGACGCGCUACCUGGCCGGCGUGAUCGAGAAGUACGGCAAGGAGGGGUGCGCCGACGUGACGACCCGGCAGAACUGGCAGAUCCGCGGCGUGACGCUGCCGGACGUGCCGGAGAUCCUGGAGGGGCUCCGCUCCGUUGGCCUCACCAGCCUGCAGAGCGGCAUGGACAACGUGCGCAACCCCGUCGGCAGCCCGCUCGCCGGCAUCGACCCCCUCGAGAUCGUCGACACGCGCCCCUACACCAACCUCCUCUCCUCCUACAUCACCAACAACUCCGAGGGCAACCUCGCCAUCACCAACCUUCCUAGGAAGUGGAACGUGUGCGUGAUCGGUACCCAUGACCUGUACGAGCACCCGCACAUCAACGACCUGGCGUACAUGCCGGCCGAGAAGGACGGCAAGUUCGGGUUCAACCUGCUGGUGGGCGGGUUCAUCAGCCCCAAGAGGUGGGGCGAGGCCCUGCCGCUCGACGCCUGGGUCCCCGGCGACGACAUCAUCCCGGUCUGCAAGGCCGUCCUCGAGGCUUUCCGCGACCUCGGCACCAGGGGCAACCGCCAGAAGACGCGCAUGAUGUGGCUCAUCGACGAGCUCGGGAUGGAGGCGUUCCGGUCGGAGAUCGAGAAGAGGAUGCCGAACGGCGUGCUGGAGCGCGCGGCGGCCGAGGACCUGAUCGACAAGAAGUGGGAGCGGCGCGACUACCUCGGCGUGCACCCGCAGAAGCAGGAGGGGCUCUCCUUCGUGGGCCUGCACGUGCCCGUCGGCCGGCUGCAGGCCGCCGACAUGUUCGAGCUGGCCCGCCUCGCCGACGAGUACGGCUCCGGCGAGCUCCGCCUCACCGUGGAGCAGAACAUCGUCCUCCCCAACGUCAAGAACGAGAAGGUGGAAGCUCUGCUCGCCGAGCCGCUGCUGCAGAAGUUCUCGGCGCACCCGUCGCUGCUGAUGAAGGGGCUGGUGGCGUGCACGGGCAACCAGUUCUGCGGGCAGGCCAUCAUCGAGACCAAGGCGCGGGCGCUGCAGGUGACGCGCGACGUGGAGGCGCGCGUGUCCGUGCCCAGGGCGGUGCGCAUGCACUGGACGGGGUGCCCCAACAGCUGCGCGCAGGUGCAGGUGGCCGACAUCGGCUUCAUGGGCUGCCUCACCAAGAACAGCAGCGGCAAGAUCGUCGAGGCGGCGGACAUCUUCGUCGGCGGCCGCGUCGGCAGCGACUCGCACCUCACCGGGGUGUACAAGAAGGCGGUGCCGUGCGAGGACCUGGUGCCCCUCGUCGCCGACCUCCUGGUGGAGCGGUUCGGGGCCGUGCCCAGGGAGAGGGAGGAGGACGAGGAGUAGGCCGGCUAGGAGCACCACCGGCUGAUCUUCUUCUCCUGAUCUCGAUCGCCUCUGUCGUCGGCUCGUCGCACACGUAGAGAUGGGCUGCGGCUGAUGUAAAGUAGGCAACGCCAUGCUUCCAUGGCGCACGCUUGUACCACGUUUUUGGUUUGUUGUCGGAGCCCAAAGUUUUCCGGUUACGUUACAGGGAUGAUUGAAUUGAUGAUAUAAAUAAAGAAGCAGAUUAUAUGUA